GCAGCGAGUAGAACCCUGUCUUUUUGCACUUCGUCAGAUACCGGGAUCAACAGGUCGUGGCUCGGCACUGGCUCAGGAUCUGGUGAGAACAAGUUCGUUAAAUGAAGACUGACUGGAAAUCCAAAGUCAAGAUCUUUUUCCCCCAUCGUAGACAUCUUUGACAACCACUUUUCCUGGAUGCAGUGUUCAAUGACCUGGAGUAAUUUAUUAUUUCAAAUACCUAUUACUUUCAUUUCAAAGUAUUUAUUCAGAAAUAUUGUGUUUAGAUGUACAAGUAGGUGAACUAUUUAAAUGUAUCUUGAAAUACAUUUGGGGAAGACACUAACCCAUAUAUUCCCAUGCGUUUAACCCGGCUGAUUAAAAAACAAAUGUAAAGUUUUUUUUUUAUAGCAGUUUAGAUGAUCAAAUAAGUAGUUUUAAGAUGAGUAUUAAUAAAAUUUAGUGAAAUACAUGAACGAUUUAUUUGGCUGCACCGGAUUCAGAUGUACUUGAACCCAAGUGUGAUGCACACAGUGGGGACGGUCGACAGCUCCUGCUUGUCACCAGACCUGUACCAUGAGAACCUGAAGAGAGACCGUGUCCACAGCAUCAACAUGAUCCUGGGCGUCAGUAAGGACCAGUACCCCCUGCUCACCCCUGUGGGGUACUCCCAGCCCCAGAAAGGAGACACCGGGGGCCUGGAGGACCUCCGGGGGAAGCAGAUCCCAUCCAACCCCUGUAGACACCUUGCCACCCUGGAUGAUUCGGCCCAGUGCGCCCUUUUCAACGAGUCGGGCCUUCUCUCCCAUGAGAGGUGUAACAGAGACAUGGAAAAUUUCCCAAAAGGGGUGGACAGCGGGCGGAAGUCCCCUGAGCCAAUGAAGGAUGACCACACUAAGAAGAAGCAUCGGCGUAACCGCACCACAUUCACCACCUUCCAGCUCCAUGAGUUGGAGAGGGCCUUCGAGAAGUCCCACUACCCUGACGUGUACAGCCGGGAGGAACUGGCCAUGAAGGUCAACCUCUCUGAGGUCCGAGUGCAGGUGUGGUUCCAGAACCGUCGUGCUAAGUGGCGACGCCAGGAGAAAUUGGACCCCAGCUCCGCCCACGGCCCCCACGGCCCCGUGCUGUCCUACAGCCGGCCUCCCAUGUCGUCCAAUGCUGGGCCUCGACCCAACCCCUCGCCGAUGGACCCCUGGCUGUCCGGAACUGCUGUCAUGCACAACAUCCCCGGCUACAUGGGCCCGGGGCAAAGUCCUCAUGCGCAGUCCACCUACCCUGGCCACGCCCACGGGUUCCUGGGCGGUUCCCCGGGACACGGCCUGGUGCACCAGGGGAUGGUGCCGUCCAUGGGUCCAGGACAUGCUAUGCUGUACCAGGGAAUGCCCCAGGGGCUGCAUGCUAUGGCCCCAGGACACGGCCUGGUUCACCAGGGAAUGGUGCCCGGGAUGCAGGGGGUGCAAUGCAUGGCCUCGCCAAUCUACCCGUGCUCCUCCAGCUACAACGACAAAUACCCACAGCUGAGGACGUGAAACGCGGCUCCUUUAUUACAGCACUGAUGUAGAUGAAGGACAUGGAACACGGCUCCUUUAUUAUGGCGCUGAUGUAAACUAAGGACAUGGAACACAGCUCCUUUAUUAGGGCGCUGAUGUAAACUAAGGACAUGGAACGCGUCUCCUUUAUUAUGGUGCUGAUGUAGACUGAGGACAUGGAACACGGUUCCUUUAUUACGGCACUGAUGUAGAUUAAGGAUGUGGAUCAAAGCUCUUAUAUUACAGCGCUGAUGUAGACUAAGGACAUGGAACACAGUUCCUUUAUUAGGGCGCUGAUGUAGACUGGUAUGCUUUUUAUGUGUUGUGUUUAUGUGGUAUGUUUAUAGUGGUAUGUUCUACUGAGAGAAGAAGGUAAUUCAAUCAAUAACAUGCCUGCCAACUUCUCCUGGC